UGACGCAUAAUUUAGUCGACCGUCAAGCUACACAGCUGACCCAAACUGAGCUUAUGGGCGAAGUUAAUCGAUAAAACUGACAUAUACAUUGAUAUCCAGGGUCUGCGGUCGUGUUUGGCGGCACCGAGUCCCUACGUCUGAAAUGUAUCUCUUACUUCACGCGUUCAAAACUUCGUUUUACCCGUUAUUUAGUCGAUUAUCUUGCUCAUAGACCAGCUACCGUUGCUGAUGAAAAAUAGUCCUAGCUAGUUCGAAAUGACUCUUCCAGCUCUGCACAACACCGGCGUGCUAUACAGAAGGAUUCUGUCACAGUUUCCCCAGGACAUCAGCUUAGCUUUUGCCUAUGGCUCUGGCGUAUUCAAACAGCAUGGGACCAGCCAAGGUCAAAUGGAGAAGAACAUGCUGGACUUUGUGUUUGCGGUGGACGACCCGGUGACGUGGCACACUAUGAAUCUGCUGCAAAACCGCAAACACUACUCCAUCCUCAAGCUGUUUGGGCCCACGAUGAUCAGCUCCAUACAAAAUGAACACGGGGCUGCAGUAUACUACAACACACUGGUGCCUGUGGAUGGGAGGAUAAUCAAAUAUGGUGUCAUUAGUACGGAGUCUCUAAUAGAUGACCUGAUGCACUGGAAGACCUUGUACGUUGCUGGACGCCUUCACAAACCGGUGAAAAUGCUGGUGCAGAGUGAGAAUGCGAAGCUCCGUGCUGCUCUGGUGGCCAACCUGAAGAGUACUGUGACGGCCUCCUUCCUCAUGCUGCCAGAGAGCUUCACUGAAGAAGACCUAUUCCUGCAGAUAGCUGGCCUUUCUUAUGCCGGGGAUUUCAGGAUGGUGAUUGGAGAAGACAAAUCCAAGGUGGCCAACAUCGUCAAAGACAACUUUCAGCACUUCAGGAUUCUGUAUAGCAAUAUCCUGAGGGACUGCCCUCAAGUGGUCUACAAACCUCAGCAAGGAAAACUUGAGGUAGACAAAAGCCCAGAGGGUCAGUUUACCCAGCUGAUGGCACUGCCACGUACCCUCCAGCAAAGGAUCACAAAGCUGGUCGACCCGCCGGGGAAGAACCGUGAUGUGGAGGAGAUCCUGCUGCAGGUGGCUCAGGACCCGGACUGUGGAGCUGUCGUACAACAAGGUAUUUCAUCUAUUGUGAAAUCCUCCAGUAUAACACAGAGUAUCAAAGGCAUUGCUACAGCUGGCUUGUGGAAGACAGUGUCAUACAGCUCCAAGAAACUAAUGAAGAUGUGGAAGGGUUGGAGAAGGAAGCCGUCCAUGUCCCAGAUGUCGUGAACCAGCCUGUUCACCGGGAACCUGUUUGUCUUUCUAACUGUCAGUAUGACAAUCGACCUUCCAUCACCUUUUUUUUUACCCUGAAAAACUCUGGCUGGAUCAAAUGUCCACUAACCUGUGGUUGUGUCACUCCAUAGUCCGUAUGAAUGGGAUCACUGACCAGGUGGAAGGCUGUCUGAAUAGUUUAGAAUCACCUGUGCAACUGCCCUUUAUCGUGCAAUUCAUAAAAGUUGUAGAAUAAAGGGUGACAUUUUACGAGACAGACUGAAUUAUGGCUGACAUUUCAGUGUAAUACACACUGGACCUUUCUGGAUGAUGACACAUACACACAGAGUGACUGGUGAAGAGCUGCUAAUUGGACUACACUGCAACAAGUACCACAAGUAUAAUGAAGAAAUAAUGAGUAUUCUCAUGUGGGUCAUGCAUGUGUCACAUCUGUGUGUCAUUCUCUAUGUGAAUAGUGCUACCUAGAUGACAAGUGAUGGGCAGCUAAUAUGGUGUAAAGUGAGGAAAUCUUUAUGAGCAAUUUUCAUCACUGUACUCAAAAAAGGAGGGCAUUGAUUGUUUCCUUUCAGCUGUGGACUAGUGUUACACACUCAAACACACACUUCUCUCUUGUCUCUCUUUGCCAAAGAUCUCAAAUCUGUCAUCUCUUAACUCUUCACGUGUUAAUAGUGUUCUUGAUGGUGGCACCAUUUCUCAGCCAGUGCUCGUAAACAAAAGAUAUGGUCACACUUUCUUGAGAAGCUGUUUAGGAGGAGUCUGUCUAAUUGUUAAAAAGAAACUGGUACACCUCUCUGCCCCCAGUCGGUGCAUCGAUUGGUUCUUCACAAACAUUUGCUGCAGUCUAAUGCAGUUAUAAAAGAUGGGUUUAAUACAUUUUUUCAUAUAACAGUGUGUCUGAUCACUGUGUCUUCUUCAGUACCAAGACUUUUUUAGUCUAUAAAAACCCAGAAAUGGUAAGAAAAAUAAUGAAAACAUACUAUAUAUACAUUGUUUUCACUAAUUUAUUAUGUCACAAAACACUAGAUUUAAACGAUAAUAUUAGUUUAAUUGAUAUUGAGGGUAAUUGAUAUGUCACUAUGCCAGAUUGAAGUGAAACAUUCAUUCUGAGGGUGUGAUUUUGUUUGGGAAGAUGUUUAUAUUUUUAUACAGCUUUAUCACAGGCUUUUUUCACAGAGAACAUUUGACAUAUUAAAGCAGGAAAAGCCUGGGACACCAAAAUAGAGCAAAUCUGUUAUUAAUAAAGUCAGAUACACCUUUUCCUGCUAUAAGAAGUCAAAAUAUCAGCUGUGGUAACUUUACUAUUUCUAAUCAGAUAUUACUUUGGCCAUGGAGAAGAACAUAUGCAAUAGAAGCACAAAACAAAAGAACAAAGCAAAUGAAGCAUUCUUAAUGUUUCUGAAAAUUGUAUGAAAAUACCUAUAAAUGUUUAUUUGUAUGUUAAUUUUUUUAAUUCAAGAAAUAGGGGUCUAAAUUUACAUUUAUAAAUGUAGAAUUUGGCCAUUAAAAAAGAUAAGGUUAAUCAUAUUUGUUUUAUUCUCUCCUUUCCCUCUUAUAAUAUGAAAUACCAAAUAGAACAUAUUAAAAAAAACAGGUCAGUACUGUGAUAAAAUACUUUGUUCCAUCAUAUUGCAGUCAGUAGUAGAGUCGCAAAUUAAAAUAUCAAUUACUUCCUGUCAA